AUGGCCGAUGAAUUUGAUGGGACGCUAAAAAGAGUCACCUUACUUGUCGAGGUCUCCCUUAAUAUGAGAAGUACGGGAACGCGACAUGUUUAUAGAAUGUACAACCUCUCAGAGACUGCCACAUCUAUCUAUCUAUCUAUCUAUCUAUCUAUCUAUCUAUCUAUAUAUAUAUAUAUAUAUAAGUACAUUUUAAAAGAAAUUAAGAAAACUUUCACACACUUCCGUAUCUAUCUAUCAAUCUAUCUAUCUAUCUAUCUCCCAAGUGGAGACUUCUCUAUCAUUCUCUUCACGCCUGUAUCUCUUUCUCACUCACUCAGUAUCUAUCUAUCUAUCUAUCUAUCUAUCUAUCUAUCUAUCUAUCUAUCUAUCCGUCUGUUCCCAUCUUCCUUUCUGUCUGUCUGUCUCUCUCUCUCUCUUUCUGUGUGGUUCGUUUUUGUUUCACUUUUUUUUUUGGUCAACACUUAUUUCCGUAACACUUUUUUCAUGUCUGUCAAUCUAUCUAUCUACCUUUCUCGUUUUCACUUUCUUCUUUCUCUGCUACCUCGCUCCACCACCUCACCCCCCCUCUCUCUCUCUCUCUCUUUGUGGAUAUUCGUAUCUAUCUCAGUCUGUUCAUAUCUAUCUAUCUAUCUAUCUAUCUAUCCCAGUCUGUUCAUAUCUAUCUAUCUAUCUAUCUAUCUAUCUAUCUAUCUAUCUAUCAGUUCUUUCAUAUCUAUCUAUCUCAUAUUGAAUCUAUCUAUCUAUCUAUUAUUAUUAUUAUUAUUACUUCAAACGAUAUUAUAUUGGAUAUUCGUAUCUAUCUCAGUCUGUUCAUAUCUAUCUAUCUAUCUAUCUAUCUAUCAGUUCUCUCAUAUCUAUCUAUCUAUCUAUCUAUCUAUCUAUCUAUCUCAUAUUGACUCUAUCUAUCUAUCUAUCUAUCUAUCUAUCUAUCUAUCUAUCUAUCUAACAUUUGGUCUCAGUAUGUCCACAUAUUUAUGUUAA